UACCAUUUAUUAACCGGGCAAUCUGAUUUUAGACUAGUCCUAUAUUUAUUCCUUUUCUUCUCUCCGCUUGGUGACCCCCUUCUCUUCCUUUUCUACUGGGGUCGCCACAAAUUCACCUAUCAAUUUACUUUCUUUCAUCUUGAUUCUUCUGAGAUCAUCAAAAUUCCAAACAUGUCUGAAAUGGCCAACACAGAUCCUGAAGGAAUUGAUGGAGUUCGUAUGACCUGGAACGUCUGGCCUCGCACCAAAGUUGAAGCCUCCAAAUGCGUCAUCCCACUCGCCGCUUCUUUCUCUCCGAUCCGUCCUCAUCCUGACAUUCCUUCUCUCCCUUAUGCUCCUUUACGUUGCAAAACUUGUGCUGCAGCUCUCAACGCUUUCUCGCGCGUCGAUUUCACCGCCAAGAUCUGGAUCUGCCCUUUCUGUUACCAACGCAACCAUUUUCCUCCUCAUUAUGCCGCGAUUUCUGAAACUAAUCUCCCCUGUGAACUCUACCCGCAAUACACCACCGUCCAGUACACACUUCCUCGCAAUCCUAAUUCUCCCAAUCUUGAUCCUCUAUUGUCUCCUGUUUUCGUCUUCGUUCUUGACACUUGUAUGAUCGAGGAGGAGUUAGGGUUUGUCAAAUCGGCCUUGAAACAAGCAAUGGGUUUGUUGCCUGAUAACGCCAUGGUUGGCUUCGUCUCCUUUGGAACGCAAGCGCAUGUGCAUGAAUUGGGGUUUUCUGAAUUGUCGAAAGUAUAUGUUUUCAGGGGCAAUAAAGAUAUUUCAAAAGAACAGGUCUUGGAACAGUUAGGGCUUUCUUCUUCUGGAAGAAGAGCCGCCGGAGGAUAUCAAAAAGGCGCGCCUAAUACCUUCCCCAAUUUGGGGGUAACACGCUUCUUGUUGCCUGCCUCCGAGUGUGAAUACACGCUCAAUUCGUUACUGGAUGAAUUGCAACCUGAUCAAUGGCCAGUGCAACCUCACACCCGACCAUCCCGGUGCACUGGUGUGGCGCUUAGUGUUGCAGCGGGAUUGCUUGGAGCUUGUUUGCCUGGUACUGGAGCUAGAAUUAUUGCUUUAGUGGGAGGUCCUUGUACAGAAGGCCCUGGCACGAUUGUAUCAAAAGAUUUAUCAGAACCUGUGCGUUCACAUAAAGAUCUUGACAAGGAUGCUGCUACAUAUUUUAAGAAAGCGGUCAAAUUUUAUGAUAGUUUUGCAAAGCAGUUAGCUAGUCAAGGUCAUGUCUUAGACCUUUUUGCUUCUGCUCUUGAUCAGGUUGGGAUUGCAGAAAUGAAAGUCGUGGUUGAAAAGACUGGUGGGCUUGUUGUUCUAUCUGAAAGUUUUGGUCAUUCUGUAUUUAAAGACUCAUUCAAGAGAGUUUUUGAAAAUGGAGAACAGUCUCUUGGCCUCUGUUUUAAUGGUACGCUUGAGAUCAUUUGUUCUAAGGAUGUCAAGAUUCAGGGGAUUAUCGGACCUUGCACAUCUUUGGAGAAGAAAGGACCUAAUGUUGCUGAUACUGUUGUUGGAGAGGGUAAUACUACCGCUUGGAAAAUGUGUGGCCUUGACAAAAGUACUUGUUUGACUGCCUUUUUUGAUCUUUCAUCAAGUGAGCGGUCAAAUACUCCGGGAACUAUUAAUCCACAGCUGUAUUUACAGUUUCUUACAAGUUAUCAAAACCCUGAAGGUAAAUCAAUGCUCCGAGUCACAACCAUAACUAGACAAUGGGUAGAUAGUGCAGUUAGCUCAGAGGAAUUAGUACAAGGCUUUGAUCAAGAGACUGCUGCUGUGGUUAUGGCACGAUUAACUUCCUUGAAAAUGGAGAUGGAGGAGGGAUUUGAUGCCACUCGGUGGCUGGAUCGGGCACUCAUUCGUCUCUGUACAAAAUUUGGUGACUAUCGUAAGGAUGAUCCAUCAUCCUUCACCUUAAACCCAAGUUUUUCUUUGUUCCCUCAGUUCAUGUUUAAUCUACGACGAUCUCAGUUUGUACAGGUUUUUAAUAACAGUCCAGAUGAAACUGCCUAUUUUCGCAUGUUAUUAAACCGGGAGAAUAUUACAAAUGCUGCUGUCAUGAUCCAACCAUCAUUAAUAUCAUAUUCAUUCAAUUCACUGCCACAACCAGCUUUGUUGGAUGUGGCUUCCAUUGCUGCUGAUCGUAUUCUCUUGCUGGAUUCCUAUUUUAGUGUUGUCAUAUUCCAUGGGAUGACAAUAGCACAGUGGCGUAACAUGGGUUACCAAAAUCAGCCAGAACAUCAGGCAUUUGCACUACUGUUGCAAGCUCCUCACGACGAUUCUCAACUGAUCAUUCGGGACCGUUUCCCUGUUCCUAGAUUGGUGGUCUGCGAUCAGCAUGGAUCCCAGGCAAGGUUCUUAUUGGCAAAGUUGAACCCAUCAGCUACAUAUAACCAUGCAAAUGAGAAUGCUGCCGGGUCAGAUGUGAUAUUCACAGAUGAUGUGAGCCUUCAAGUCUUCAUUGAGCAUCUUCAAAGGCUAGCUGUGCAAUCUUGAGAGCAGCAAUUAGUUACAGGUUUUGGAUUUGUGGAAAUUUCUUAGUGCUUGAUCUGUAGCCCAUCUUUUUUUUCUUGAUGUUCCAUAAAAUUGUUCUUUUUUUUUUUUUUCCCCUUUCAAUUACUUUUAAAAUUAGAGAAGAGGCCCCACAUUCCUUGAAAAAUAAGGAGAUCACAUAUCAUUCUUUGGGGUAUCUGGAGGAAUUUGCUUCCUUGGAAAGAAAUAAGAGAUAAAAGUUUAGUAGAAUUUGAGUCAGGAAAGGAAGGAAAUGUAACUUAGAGACAUGUCAACUUUAGAAGUGAGCCAAUCUUGAAGAUAUAAUGAUAGAGGUUUUUUAAUGACCCUUGUAUCUGGCCAGGUAAGAGGUUGUGUUUUGUGUAAUCUGAAUUUUAAGUUUUAUAUAUACAUAUAUACACACACACUCAGUGCUCUUAGUUUAAAA